AUGGCGGAGCCGCUCUUGUCCAAUGAGCUGCCAGACAACGUGGUCUAUCGGAACUUGCUGCUGAGUCAUGGCAUUACAAGGCUGGCAACCCAGGGCUGGCUCUUCAUUGCGCCGUUGGUCUUGGUGCGCUUCACGCCCGGUCGGCUCAUAGGCCCAGCGGUCUGGGGCCUCGUGACGAUGCUCGGCUCGGCGCUGCUGGCGCCGCCUCUGGGCGCCUGGGCGGACCAGACGGACCGCCGCUGGGUGGUGACGCUGGGCGUCAGCGCACAGGCUGUGGCGGUGCUGGGCUCCACGCUGGUCUUGUUCUUGGCUUUGCAGGGGGCAGACGCCCGCGUCGCCGAUGGGAGCGCAGCUCCGGUGGCACUGGCGGCGUUCACGUGCUUCAGCGUGCUGGAGAAGCUGGGCACGGCCCUGAGCGAUGUGGCGGUGAAGCGCGAGUGGGCGCCGCGGCUCUUCCAGGGCGAUCGCCUCAAGCGCACCAACUCGAUGAUGUCGCAGAUCGACCUUUGGAGCGAAACGUUGGGGCCCUUCCUCGCGGGGCUACUGAUCACAGGGCUUGACGAUGUCUUUGGCUUCGUGGCUGUAGGGCUUUUGAACGUCCUCUCCUUCCCGCCACAGCUGCUGCUGCUGCGGCGCAUCUACGCGGCACGCGCAGCCAAGUUGCAGCCGCUGCGGCCGGAGGAGGUGCACCGCAAGGCGAACCCCUUGACGCCCAAGACGGGUGCGUGGAGUGCGUGGCUCCAUCAUCCCAGUGGCAUUCAGCCGCUGGGCGGGACGGGUUGGGUGAUGGGAUGA